AUGAAAUAAAUAUAAAGUAUUGAUAUUGUUAAAAACUACCAUGUUGAUAUAACUUUUAAAGACCUCACUUAUACUGUAGUGUCCAAAAAAGGAGAAUAAAAAUAAUUAUUAAAAGGUGUCAGUGGAAUUUGUAAAAGCGGAGAAGUCGCUGCUAUUUUAGGGUCUUCUGGCGCAGGAAAAACUACUUUGUUGAAUGUGCUAAGCUAAAGAGUUAGUAACACAAAAACUUCAUAAAUAACAGGUGAAAUUAAAGCUAACAAUCAUGAUUAUGAUUCAGAUAAGUUUAGUUAGUUUGCUUCUUAUGUUAUGUAAGAUGAUAUUUUACUAGAAACUAUGACAGUCAAAGAAUGCAUCACUUUUGCUGCAAAUCUUAGAAUAGGAGGAACCCCAGAAUAAAAAGAAUUAAAAGUUAAUGAAGUUAUCAAGAAUCUAAAUUUAGAGAGAUGCUAAAACACUAUGAUUGGAGGACAGUUUGUUAAAGGUAUUUCUGGAGGAGAAAAGAAAAGAACUUCUAUUGGGUAUGAAUUAAUCAGUGAUCCAGCUUGUAUAUUUUUAGAUGAGCCCACUUCUGGAUUAGAUAGCUUCACUGCUUAUAGAAUCAUACAUCUUCUUAAAUAAUAUGCUUAAAAUAAAAAUAAAACUGUAGUAUUUACUAUUCACUCUCCUUCUUCAGAUAUUUGGAGUAUGUUUGAUAAUAUUAUGCUUUUGGUAGAUGGAAGGUUUAUUUAUUAAGGCAAAGGAAAUCUUGAUAUUAUUUAGCAUUUUUCUUCAAUAGGAUUCAAUUGCCCAAAAUUCUCUAAUCCUGCAGACUAUUUUAUUUCAAUCAUGCACUCUAGCAGAUAAUAAAACGUUGAAAACUAUCAAGUGUAUUUUGAAGGAUACAAUUAAAAGUUAAAACCAAUUAUUUAUGAAAGAAUAGACAAUGCAAAUUAAGGCUUAUUACCAUUAAAACAAACCAAAACCUCAUUUUUUUAUUAAGCUUUUUUGAUAGCACAAAGAUAAGCAAAGAUUAUAGCUAGAAUCAGAAUAUUAUCAAAAGCUCGUGUUAUAUAAAGUAUUGUCCUAGGCCUAUUCUUAGGCGCUGUAUUUUGGCAAAUUCCAGGACCUACUGAAAACCCUACCAUUAGAGAUAUAAAUGAUAAAAAUGGUAUUCUACUCUUCUUCUCAAUUACAAUUUACAUGAUGCAAUUAUAAUUUUGCAUUUUGACAUUCCCAAUUUAGAGACCUGUAUUUUUAAGAGAAGAAAAUGCCAAAUUGUAUACUACUGCUCCUUAUUUUAUUGGUUAGUAUUUAGUUGAUAUGGUUCCUGCAAUCAUCUUUCCUAUAAUUACUUCUCUAGUAGCAUAUUGGAUGAUUGGUUUGAACGACGAUAAUGCUGGUAAAGUGUUUUUCUUUAUUUUAGUAGCAAUAUUGGCUAGUUUAUCUGGAUAGGCUUUUGGAUAUUUAACUGGUUCAUUAAUUAAUAAUCCAAAUGUAGCUGUUUCAUUGGCUCCAGUUUUAAUAAAGCCUUUUAUGCUAUUUGCUGGACUGGUUAAAAAUGGAAGUGAUUAUGCUAGUUGGAUAUCUUGGUUUUAAUAUCUCUCCCCUUUCAAAUAUAGUUUUGCAGCAUUAUGUUUAAAUGAAUAUGAUUAUGAUGGCCCAUCUUAUCCCUAAGACCCUAUCCAUUAACUAAAUUUUGAUAUGUCAAAAUGGUAAUCAGUAGGAGGAUUGAUAGGCUGCUUUUCAAUUUGCACCUUUGUUUCAUUUUUAUUCCUUCUACUUUAGAAAAAAAAAUUGUAAUGA